UAUUUGAUUGGCACUGCCUAAUCGAUUCCACAAUUCGUUAUUAAUUUUUAAAAAAUCUGUACGCGCAACCGUACUUAGGUACCUACCUAUAAUGUUGGCCAAUUCCUAUUUUUGCUUAUUUAGGAGGAAAAAUAUGUAAAUACCUAAUCUCGUUUACUUAUACCUAGAAAGAGAUUGAAUGAAACGUCUUCAGAGUUUCGAAGUAGCGUCAUUUGGUUUGUAUAAAGUUUGGUAGAUCAGACCGGAGUUGGUAAAAUUAAUUGAAUAAUAAUAAUACAUACUAGUAAAGCACGUCUAGGUAAUUCCGAUUUCUGAUCCGUUCUCCGAACAUGAGAAAUGAAAUAAUGAAUUAUGAAAUGAGACUUGAGAGACGUAAAAAAAAGUCGUGAUGUUGAACGUUUUGCGUUCAAGCCAUUUGCAGGCGUAGUGUUUUUGGCGGGCGUGCGGUGUGUUAUUAUCAAUCUUUCGUUCUAAAAGUUCUCUUAGUUCUCCAGUUCGAGCCUUCGAGUGUGUCUUGACUUUUGUUCAUGGUUCAUGAUGUUUCCUUUGAAUUCGUAUCCGUAAUUUUGCAUUUUGAGGCACACAACCGUCGUCAGAGUAUUUAUUCAUCGUGAUAUCACCAGCGACUACGGACUAUAAUGAAAUCUGCAAUCUUACCUCUUUCACAAUGAGCGACGAGUACGAAACAGCAACGGCACCUUUGGUGUAUACCUUCCGCGUCGGCGAACUAUCAAAACUGGCUACGAUAUCAUUCAUAGCUGGCUUAAUGCAACAUAAAGUUACACAGCUGCGUUUGAAUAAUGGAAAAGGACACGAUAUUUAUGAAACUCGAUUGAUUCGUAUAGAAUUGCCAACAACUGUCAGCUCAGAUAUCGAAUGCCUUAGCUAUGAAAUGCAAGAAUCGAGAAUGAAGUGGUGGUCGUAUCACUACGAAAGUGUUUUUUCGCAUCGUGAGUCUCCCGAUUGUAUGAUUGAUUUGCUUCCUCUACUGGUUUGGCUACCCGAUUGUUCGAUCAGUUUUGUGCAAACUGCGAGGAAUAUGUUGAAUUGUGAUAAAUUGACUAACAUGGAGAAGUUCAUGGUUGCUUGUUUGUAUUGUUUCAUGAAUGAUGUGGAGCGUCUGCAGCUGACAUUGACAGAAAAAGAGUUGAAAGAUGCAACCAGCGGCCAUCGUAGGUAUGGAGUUCCAUUCCUGGAUUAUUGGCAUAGCAAAUUGCAUAAUUGGAUCGAUAAUUUAUACUUAGCUACUUGGCAUAUAAAUCUACUUGAUCGAUUGAUUUCUUCUUUGAAACAUUAUGAUAAUUGGUUAGCCGUAGAAUAUUUUUGGAAUCAGUUGUGUGAAAACGAUCCUGUACAGCGCGUAAGCAAAGCGCUUGAUAUGAUCAAUGCCGAUAGACCUGCCCUUACAUGGCAUCUUCUAAGCAGAUUAUCGAGCUCGGAAUUCAACCUGGUGAUUGUAGGAAAAGGUCUUCAAAUUAUACAGACUUUGGUAAAAGAACUCAAGUAUUUAGAGCACAUCAUAUCAAUUUGGGAACGUAUGGUGAAUAUAAUCGGUGACCGAGUACUUGCGGAUAUAAUAUUGUUCGUGCAUGAAUUUCAGGAUGCUAGUCGAUGCUAUUUGAAUCCUUUACUGUGGGAAAUGUGGCUUUGCAUGUCGGAGCGUCAGAAGAAGUUCAUCGUCGACGAACGCAUUUGCGAUUUUAUCCAAAAAUCUUAUAAUGAGGAUUUCGACUUCUGUUAUCGUCCAAAUUUUCACCUGAUUUUAGAUGUACUCUUGCGUUUCGAUUCCGAACGCAGACGCCAAUACUGGUUACAACAUUGGCCCUACUUAGUUCACGGCCAACUUUAUCAUGACAGAAAGUAUAUCGAACAGAUAAUGCGGCUUUGUCUCGCUAACCACGAAGAAAUCGCAGCUUUCAAACGUACAACAAUGCUGAGCUACGAGUUCAUUUCAGAUUAUUGGGAAUUCGAAAUGAGUGCUGGACAAUUUGAUGAAUUACAGCGGUAUCUUGAAUUUUGUACCUCAGAUUUGGAGGUGAUUCGUCAUGUAAAAAAACAAAUCAUAACGAUGAUGUCGAAAGAAGAUCUGUUUUCUGUACUUUUUCGGACUUGUGAUCAUCGCGUGAACGGAUUUAACAAGUUUGUUUGGGAUGUCUUUGUUCAAAACGAACGUGAAGAGUUUAUGUAUGAAAUCGUCUCACAUCCUAAUAAUUUGGAUGAAUUGUGUGAUUCGUUGUGCGGUUAUGGAAUAGUUUGCAAUGUUGCAUCGUUUGUUGACAAAUGCUUGACUGCUGAUGAGCACCUUCUGAAAGUAAAACUCGAACUCUUCGAAAGAUGCCGCCGAAGCGAUAAAAUCAAAAGAUCAAAGAUGCGCAGUUUGAUUGCGUGGUGUUUCAACGUCGAUAAACAGCUGGUGAAACAGUUUAGGAAAUUACCACCUCCGAUUGUUGAAAUCGAACUAGGGAACUGUAACCCAGGUAUGUCAGACGGCCAUUUUGUUCCUGGUUUGAUGAACUUAGCAUUGCAGUAUAUGGGAAUUCGGCAAACUUUAACCGCGUAUAUCUUCAAAACCGUGCACUUUUACAACUUUUUCGUAAUAACAUCUUUGAAAGAGAAUUGAACGAGCUUUCCAAUGGUAUGCUACAUGUAUCAAUUGAAAUACAUUUAAUUGUUUUGAAUUUCAGUCAUUUUUCAGCACUUCAUUUUUGGGUUAAAAAUAGUUUGAAAUUGUGUGAAAUUCACAGCAUGUGCUCUAAUUCAAUGAUUACUUUCAUUCUAUGCCAGAAAUUCCGUCAUAAAAACCUUGAAUCGAAAAACAACGAUUUUUUUUCGUAAGGAACAAAAUGGGUGUCUGACAUACCCGGGUUACAGUACCUUAAUCGAACGUGAUGGCGAUACGGAGAUGAAAGAGUUGCCAGAAGAAUCCAUCUACCACUUUUAUUGUAAAAAAUGGCUUCCGACGCCGUCAACAUCCCGGCAUUGAAUGUUCAUUGAGUUCUAAAGAAAUUAAAUUAAAUAUCUAGGUAUUGAAAUUUUAAUCGAACCUACAUGUACAUAGACAUACAUAUACAUAAGUAUUUGGUGUGAGUGGGUGUGUGUGUGUUUUUAAGGUUGAUCGCCCUUUAAGUAUUUGUGAUUUAAGUUUUCCCUUUCAGUUUCCUUAAGUAUAGUCCCUAAUUGUACAAUUUUACUAAAUAUUCUUUUGAAAUAAAAAAUUUCUACAUUUUCAUCGAAAUGUUUUUCAGUAUUCGGCUGGUAUCUACUUACCUAGAACUAAGUACCUCAUACCUCAGUGGCAUUAUUUCUGCUAACUCUGCGUGUUUUGU